AUGUUUCUGCAACUCCGAGCCCAGCGUCCCGUCGCUCCCAAGCGAUCUCUUUCCGCCUCUGAAGCGCCUUUGACCAAGCAUCUUCGGACGCCACGGCUGGAGAAUGCCUGCUUCGUCGGGAGGAUCGCCUAUUUGCAGGAAUGGGAGCGCCUUGAGGGCCGCGACGUACUGCUGGUGUCGGCUGGACUGCGCCUUGCUUCCAGAUGUAUCAGGAAACUUAGAGACUCGGACACGUCGUCACCGGCUCGAAUCACACGAUUGCCUGCCCUGGCAGGCACUCUCGAAGAUGGCACUGGCAAGCCUGGGCCCUGGCUCUCAUCAAGAACGUUGCACAACGACCGUGCAGUCGGUUAUCCUCUGGUCAAGAAGCUUGAUACGGAGCGCCGACCGCUCCUCAUAUUGCGGCCGCAGCAUCGUACGAGCACGGCAGACUGCUGCCUCAUACACCAGCCUGGUCUAUACGUGACGAUAGGGCCGCAGCCUGGGCCAUACCAGUUCUGGCGAUCCAUGGCCGCGGCCAGACCUCGGAGCUUCUCCCGGCGAUUGUGA